GCUGGGGUAGGGGGGGGUAUGUGCGAGCCGCGAGAGAGUUCGUAUCGACUGCGCUGACGUCAUCGAGCGUACUUGUAACGCGCGCGUGUGCAGUUUUCCGAAAAUACCUGGGCUCGGGGCCGGGUAAAGUUCCGCGAGCCCUCUAAUGGCAAUUUGAAGAAAUGCAAAUCCGAAGGCAAUGCAGCGCGCCCGGUCGCGAAUAAACAUAGGAGGCGAAUACGGAUCGUGUGUUUGUGUGUGUGUGUGCGAACAUCGCGCGCGCGUCGGCCGCCGAAUUGCGCUCCAGCACGUCAAUUACUUAACCGCACCGCCCGGCCUCGCACACGGCUUAACAAUUUUGAUCGAGCGGGAGCCUUUUUACCAAUCGGCUACAUGUUAUAAGCACAACCGUGCUCGCUUCCUGCGCGCGUCGCGCGGCAAAUUGCCGGCGGAUUACGUGGAUCGAGCGUUCACCAUGCGCACGUGCGCAUCGCUAAUUUUUCUGUAUAUUCGCGUCGGAAAUUAAUGCCGCUCGAAGUUUGACAAGUAUAGGCAUCUGCGGAGCACUUGGCUUUUCAGGCGAAAAAGUAGAAAAAUUCUAUUAUAUUAUACUAUUGCCCAAUGCCGCGUGCUUCCUUUUGUUCUCGGGACUCGGCAAUGCAAAUUCUCCGCGACGAGCUCGGGCCGCGCACGUGUACACCUCGCUAUUUAUAUUCGGCGACUGAUUGUAUUCAACGUGAAUCACGCUCGAUUACAGGGCGGGGAAGGGGGCGCAGAGCCUAAAAAUUUCAAGGAUGGGUCGAGAUCGCGCGCCGCAUGCGAGAAAGCGAGCGUCCCUUCUCGGCGGCCUCUUCAUCGCAUGCAAAUCGGCGCCGAAUAAUAAAACCAAACAAUGAACAUAGUAUAAAAGCGGCCUAUCAGCAUUAGCGGGGUUCAUUUGCACUUACGCCGGCGAUAAAGUCGAUGAGGUUCGCGCGCCCGCGGCCGACCAUGGACGUCGAGAAAAUGCCAAGCAGCGGCCAGCUGGACGAGCUCUACGAGCGCUUGAACGACGACCUGGAGCGAAAGCUGCCGCGGAUCGAGGAAAGCGAGAUCGCCAAGUUCUUCGCCGGGAAGACGCUCUUCGUGACCGGCGCCACGGGCUUCAUGGGCAAGUGCCUCGUGGAGAAGCUGCUCCGGGGCUGCCCCCAGCUCGAGCACAUGUACGUCCUCAUGAGGGACAGGAAGAACGAGGGCAUGCGGCUCACCCUCAGCAAGUACUUCGCCCAUCCGAUUUUUGACCCGCUGAGAAAAGUCUAUCCGGAUUUCGAGGACAAAGUGACGGCCGUGAAGGGCGAUCUCCUGGCGGAGGAUUUGGGCAUUUCCCAGGAGGACAGAGACAGGAUCGUGAACGAAGUUAACGUCAUGUACCACAACGCGGCCAACGUGAAAUUCGACGCGAGGGUCAAGGUCUCGCUGACGGUCAACGUUCUCGGAACGAAGUGCAUGCUGGACCUGGCCGAGGAGUGCAAGCGCAUGGAGCUCUUCAUCUACAUUUCGUCCGCCUACUCGCACUGCUACCGGAAGGACAUCGACGAGGCGUUCUACGCGAUGCCCGACGACUUGGACAGGGUCUACGAGGCCAUACGGAGGGACGGCGCGACCGAGAGCGGCAUGUCCGAGGAGGAGAUCGACGCUCUGCGCGGAAAGUUCCCGAACGUCUACACCUACACCAAGGCCCUCUCGGAGGAGCUGGUCAGGCGGUGCGCCGAGAAGCAGUCCAACUUCGCCUUCGGCAUCUACCGGCCGAGCAUAGUGACAUCGUCGUACCGGGAGCCAUUGGCCGGCUGGUGCGGAAAUACCAAUGGCCCGGUGUAUCUCUUCCUCGCGGUCGGCUUGGGCGUCAUGCGCACGGGCUACUAUCUCGACACUCCGUUGGAUUUCAUACCCGUCGACAUGACCAUCAACGCCUUGCUCGCCGUCAGCUGGGACCUCGGGACUCGAUGGAAACCCAUGGACAAGCCGUCCGUAUACAAUUACGGUAGCUCGACUCUGAACCCCAUAAACCUAAUGCCGCUGUACAACAAGAUCAAGAACUAUGGUCCGACCGAGGGCUCGUCCAAAGCCGUGUGGAUGAACGCGGUGACACCUUGCAGAUCGCUGUACCUCUUCUGGCUGCUCCACGUACUGCUGCACUUCAUCCCCGCGUGCCUCGGAGACCUCGCCCUCAUGGCCAUGGGCAGAAAAGCCAUGUUCGUCUCCAUCUUCUUCCGCGUGACCAGGCAGAUGGACAAAAUUAUGUACUUCAGCAACGGCAACUGGAGGAUCCAUUGCCCGGAGACGAUGCGAGUCGUCGAUCGAAUGAACUACGACGACAAGGAGUUAUUCUACUGCGACAUACGCAGCCUCAGCUGGGCCCAAUACGUGUUCGUCAUGUGGCGAGGGAUGAAGCGCUUCAUCCUCAAAGAAGAUCUGGACAGCAAGGCCGGCCGUCGCAAAUACGUUCAACUUUGGUACAUGCAUUACGGACUCCUUACGAUAAUUUUCGUCGCGCUAGGCUACUAUGCGAUGAAACGAUUCGGCUUUCACGCCUCAAGUUGCGAGUAAUUCUGCGAAUAGCAAUGAUGCUAUAGCUGUGCUCCACACUGUAACAGCAAAAUUGACCUUUUACAAGAUUUGAAUAAGUCGAACAGCAAGUGCGCCACGACACGAGCCGAUGUGCGUUUUAUUAUAAAAAAAGAUUGUGUAAUUAAUCAGAUGCCUGAUUUUUUAUAAAAUUCAGUAUUAC